ACCGGCCAGUACCGCUUACUUCCGCUAAAAAAAAAAAAAAAGACAAAUGAUUCGAGUUAAAUGGAGAACCAGGAAAACAUAUCUGUUCCCAUAUUUACUGAGGUGGACAGAAGAGUGUUUUUAGAGAACAUCUAUCCGAAGCGCCGACCGGCCGUCCUGAGGGGAGUGGACCUGGGCCCGUGUGUGGACAGAUGGACGGUUGAAUAUCUCGGGGAGAAAGGAGGCGACAGGGAGGUGAAGGUCCACGUCUCCACCGUAGCUCAGAUGGAUUUCCUUCAUAAAAACUUUGCCUACAGGACUCUGCAGUUUAAUGAAUUUGUUAAACGAGCAUCGGAGACAAAACACUCCGACUUCUUCCUGUGUGAGGAUGAGAGCUACUAUCUUCGAUCACUGGGAGAGAACGUCCGCAAGGAACCUGCUGAUCUGAACAAACAGUUUCCGGACUUGGCCGAGGACUUUCACGUCCCUCACUUCUUCGAACCGGAUCAGUUCUUCUCCAGCGUGUUCCGGAUCAGCUCCUGCGGCCUGCAGCUGUGGACGCACUACGACGUGAUGGACAACCUGCUGGCUCAGGUGACUGGAAGGAAGAGAGUGGUUCUUUACAGCCCCCAAGAUGCAUUGCACCUCUACCUGUCUGGUGAUAAGUCAGAGGUCCUGGAUGUCGAUGCCCCUGAUCUCAAAAGGUUUCCGGACUUCGUGAAGGCGAGGAGGUACGAGUGCGUUCUGGAGCCCGGGGAUCUACUUUUUAUUCCCGCGCUGUGGUUCCACAACACCCUCGCCCUUCAGUUCGGAGUGGGCGUCAACGUAUUUUGGCGCCAUCUACCUGCUGACAUCUAUGAUAAAAAAGACCCGUAUGGUAACAAAGACCCGGUGGCCGCCGCUCGAGCCCUUCAGGCUCUGGAGCGGGCUCUGCACGCUCUGGAUGAACUUCCAGCGGAGUACAGGGACUUCUAUGGCCGACGUAUGGUCCAGGUCAUCCAGAGGCGGACGUUUUGUGACGAUCAGGACUCCGACACUACAUUACCCAGAAGUCAGUUCACCAAACCUGGAUGA